AUAUAUAUAUAUAUAAACCAGUUUCCAAAAGCCACUGCAAUAACAGUCUACAUGUAGCCUACAGUAUGAUCUUUAAUAUGAAGAAUUUUGUCUCAAUACUUUGUACUUUUAUUUAUUACGUGUUGUUACGUGUUACGUUUGGAAAGAGGUUAGUGUUCAUAAAAUAAAAACUAAAUUGAAGUGAACAAAUGUAAAAUUUAGUUUCAAAGUAACAAAUGUAAAAAUGCUAAACUAUAUUAUCUCUUGCCGGUACCAUUGACUUAAAGAUAGGGAAAAAAACGAAAUAGUGCCAGCUACCAGCAUUUUUCAAAUGAGUUCAACAGAAGAACCUCGACAAGGUUAUAAGUUGAAACAAGUGAUGGAUGCUUAAAUGACGAUUUAAAUUCCAACUCCAAACGUAACAGGUAUAUCUUGUCUUAGCAGGGGAUGCUUUAUCGGUAGUUCUUUAUUUGUACAAGUCUAAAACCUAAUGGGAUUGUAGUUAAAAUGCUUAUUUUUUAAAUAAGCAAUAUUGUAUUAAUGUACAUAUUUUAUUCAGUUCUUCUUUUGAGUAUUAGAACAUACUAAAAUAAAUUUAGUUAAUCCUGUAACUAUGAACACGGUAAGUUUCUGGCUUAAGUUUCCAAUAGUUUUACACUUGCUCUUAUGUACAGGGUACGGAACCCCGCCCUCUGCUGGUAGUUCAUAUUUAUUAUCCUUCUAUGUGUUUUCCAGUAUUUUUUCUCUCCCCAGCGAUUGAGUAAAAGGUUACAUGUGUUGGUAUUUUCUCAAUUACAAGAUAAUACUAAAUCAAGACAUCAUAUGAUUUAUUUGUUGGUAUUAACUGAUUUAGACAUUUCAAAUAAUUUGGAAUUAAAAAAAUAUAGAAAAAUUAAACUGAAGGAUUUUACAUGUCACAUGUGAAUCACCAGAACCGCAAGCUAACUUGUUUUAUUAAAAUUUUGAUCGAAUUUCCCCUUUAUUUUAAAUGAUGGUAUUGGUUCCUCAUUUGCUCCUCAUGUGACCUCAAACAUAGUUGGCUACAUUUCUUUCAUCAGAAAAGUUGUGAGUCUUGAUGGCAGCUCUUAAGAUGGGUUUCUAUGCUAUAAGUGUGUUUUUGAUAUGUUACUACAUAGCUAAUGGAGAGCCAUGCACUCGAAUUAUUGAGAAUCUUCAUUACUCAUGCAUGGGAAGAAACCUCAGCAGCAUCCCAUCCAGUAUCCCUUCCUCGGUUCAAACUCUGGACUUCAGUUUUAAUUUUUUUCCACAAUUAAAGAAGACUAUUUUCCCAGUUCUGUCUUUUCUGCGAGUUCUUGAUCUGUCAAGAUGCCACAUCAGACAGAUUGAAAACGAUGCUUUCUACAAUGUGAAGAAUUUGACUACUUUGUUUCUUACUGGAAACCCCAUUAUAUAUUUUGCUCCUGGAUGCUUGAAUACUUUAUAUAAUCUGCAAAGGCUUGUUCUUGUGGAUAUUGGUCUUGAAUCCUUACAGCUUAAUAUUAAUAACCUUACCAAGCUACAGGAACUCAAUGUUGGAACAAAUUACAUCCAGUCUAUGACUCUUCCUCCAUUCAUGACCACCUUCAAAAACUUCAGUUUACUUGAUCUGCAUGCCAACAAUAUAUCCAUCAUCAGAACUAAUCACACCGUUGUGCUGCGAGAGAUCGGAAGAAACAUGACGUUGAUUCUGACUUGGAAUCCAUUACUACACAUUGAACCAGGAGCUUUCAAAGAUGUUUAUCUCAGACAGCUGGAUAUUCGAUCUGCUUUUGUUUCAUUUUCUGCUCAAAAAGCAGCUCUAAAAGCCCUGCAUGGUCUUAAUGUCAAAAGGUUAAUUUUUGGAAAGUACAGGGAAGAUAACGGCUUUCAUUUCGUGGACAAUGAUGUUUUAGAUGGCCUUUGCUGUUUUAAUUUUCAGGAGGUAUCUUACUAUGUUUUGGAAAGUGCUAAAACAACAAUUGCUAUCUUUCGCUGUAUGAUCAAUGCAACACGUAUAACAGUAAAAGGAGGUAAUAUUUAUGAAAUGGAGACUGUGCAUUUUCAUAAAACCAAGGAGCUUUAUUUGAUCAACAAUGGCUUGGGUACUUUGCCAACUAAACAACUUUCACAUCUCCAUACAUUAGAAAAACUGGAAAUUACACACAACAGUGAACCUAUUUUUGCAGAGCCCUUCACAGACCUGCCUAAACUGCAGUAUGUAGAUUUAAGUGACAACCAAUUGAAAAUAAAACAUUGCUGCUCUACACUUUUAUCCGGCACUCCUCAAAUCAACUAUUUGAAUUUGAGCCUAAACUCAGAAAUUUCUGUUGAUGUGGGAGGAUUUGAAGGACUUGAUUCGCUUGAGAUUCUAGAUUUUUCCUAUACAAGGGUUGUACGCAUUGGAUACCUUUCUGUUUUAUCCAACCUAAAGAAUCUGAGGUAUCUGGAUGUUUCCUAUUCAAGUGUAACAUUUAGUAACAUAUUUUGCUUUCUUGGACUCAGCAGUCUUAAUGUUCUCAAAAUGGCUGGUAAUAAUUUUCAAGGUAAUGUAGCAAAAUAUGUAUUUAAUAAUCUCACGUUAUUGGAGCACCUUGACAUGUCAUUCUGUCAUUUGGUAGAGUUACACACAAGCUCUUUUAAAUAUCUUCAGAGGCUUAGACAUUUGAAUGUGAAAGGAAACUAUUUAAUUAAGAUAGAUUUUCUGACUCACCCAAAUCUGAAACAGUUAACUUCAUUUUAUGUUGAGAAAAACAGCAUUACUGCCAUUCCACUUCAUGUUCUCAAAAAUUUGCCCAUGAACCUUUCAGAGUUUGAUUUGUCUUUUAACCCAAUUGAUUGCUCCUGCUCUCAGACUGAUUUUAUGUUGUGGAUUAUCAAUAAUCAGAAAGUUUUGAAGCAGCCAGAAAAUAUUUUGUGCAAAACUAUUUCACCAAACUCAGAUUUUAGAGUAACAGACUUUGACAUUGACCACUGUGUCUACAAGAAAAAACUCAUAAUUGUUUUACCAGUAUUUUGUGUAGUGUUUAUAGUUGUGUUAUCAAUCUUGGUUUACAGGUUUCAAUUUUAUUUGCGUUAUUGUUGGAUUUUACUAAGAGGCUACAGAUCACCUGGACAGCAAGAAUGUUCUUAUGACGCAUUUGUGAUAUUCUCCAGCUAUGAUGAAGCUUGGGUCAUGAAUGAACUGAUGGAGAAUUUGGAGAACGGUGUGCCACCUAUUCAGCUUUGCCUUCACAUGCGGGACUUUCAAGCCGGGAAGUCAAUCGCCUCCAACAUUAUAGAUGAAGGAAUAAUGGGCAGCCGUAAGAUCAUUGUGGUCGUGUCUCAACACUUCAUUGAUAGUGCCUGGUGUCGCUUUGAGUUUGAAUUAGCUCAGUCUCGGUUUUUGAUGGAACGCAAUGCCAACAUCAUCAUCAUUAUUCUGGAAGAUGUUGCGGAGAGGAAAACUAAGAAAAUACUAGGUCUUCAUAAGCAUCUGAAGAAGAACACUUACCUGAAGUGGAGCAGAGACCCUUUGAGCAACAUGAGAUUCUGGAUACGACUCAGGAAAGCAAUUGUUGCUACAAAACAAUGAUAUAGUUUAGGCCACAAAUAGUUUGCAUGUCUUACUUGAAUAGUUUAUCAGCAUACAAUGCAACAACAGUAUUAAUACCUUUGGUCUGAUAAUUUAUGCAUAUUUUGAUUGAAUAAAGUGAUGCCUUAAUUUUGCGUUUUGCAUUCACAGAAAAAAAAAAAUUUCUGUCAUAAUCAACAUAUUCAUUUGACAACACAGUUAUUGUUUGUAAAUUGCCUGAUGUAAACAGCAUACUUCGUUUUUUAAAUAUUUUAUUAUGAUGCCUGUUGUUUAUGCUAUUGCUUUAUUAUCAGUUAUGCUGGACUGAUGGUCUGUAAUACCCACAAUGAACAUUAGUGGGAGACGUAGUGCAGAUCAUCGUCUGUUUAUUGAGUGAGUUGCAUAGAAGAAAAUGCCAUUAUAAGAGCAACUGUGAAAGCAAGGUGACUUUGUCUCAUUAUUAUGUUAAAACAUUUCAGUGCAUUAUUGCCAUCUUUAUGGCAGAGAUGCUAUAGAUUUAAACCAUUUAAAAGUACAUGAGCUCAAAGUCCAAUUGACCCUGAGUUUCCCGCAGUGGUUUAGACUGAGCUCUUUUAUGAUUUAUCAUUGGGUUCACAGAAUUACUAUGAAUC